AUGGCUGCAAAACUUCAAAUACAUGCACCAUAUGUGCUUCAUGCGCUCCCGCGGCCGCUAGAUCGUUCAGAUGGACUCGGGCGCUACUUCUCUGGCGAAGUUUUCGGUCAAAAGCAGGGUGGCAAGAGAAAGAAGAGGACAGAACUCGCAAUUCUAUCUUCUCAAGUCGUGACCUCAUAUCUAGUCUCGCCGCAGUCCUGCUUUACUUGCCCGCCUUCUUCACUGCGAUGGCGUCCUGCUUCCUCUAAAACGGUCACGCGUUACACCUACGUGUCAGUUGCGACUGGUGAUUCGGUCCUCGCCAAGCGUGAGAUCAGGUUGUUUAGGGAGGAGACGUUAAGUACUGGCAACACUGUUGUGGCGUGCAUCUCCCGCACCAUUUGCUCCGAUUCGCCCAUCGUCCAUAUUUUCACCAGCUCACCCCGCAAUUUCCUGACAAAUGUUCCAGGGAAAGACAUUCCUAACCAUGAUUUAAUCAUCAUUACCGCCAAUGGUUCCAUAUUUGCGCUGAACGGAGAGACUCUUGAGGAGAAAUGGCAGGUGUCUCCAUCUGUGCUUUCCCGAGAGAUCUUGUCGGACUCUAAAUUAGCUCUCCAAGUUGAUUUUGUCCAGCAAACUUCUGCGGCUGAUGUUGCUGAUGGGCUAUUUGGCGGGAAAAACGAUCUAUUUGGAGUCUUCCAAGAGAGGAUUCACCGUGAUGGUUUUAAUCCGGACUUUUUCGUCGUCAUCACCUCGCAAUCAGGUGCCGAUUCUGCCAACGCUCGUCAUUUGCAUGUUUUGGCCUUGCCAUCGGAAAGGGAAGCGCGGCAGACGGGCAAAGAGAAUGUCAUUUCGGUCUUUGUUGCGCCGCUGGCAGUUGAGGAGACGUGCAGAAGUUUCCAGUUGGACGUUCGCUCGGGCACACUACAAGCCAUUUCCAACAAAGCUCUUGUCACCUACCAAUUUGCCAAUGGCAUUGCAAAACUCGAAAAUAGGCUUCAGGUUCCUGGACUUUCUUCAUACCUUCGACUUUCCAAAACUUCGGUCUUAACAUCGGCAACGGAUUCGCUUUCGGUGUACAACCCGAUCUACCGGUCACUGCAGGCCGCGGCUCGUCUCGAGCCGACAGACGACACGAAUGGUCACGCGUAGGCACCAAAGAACAGAACGGCCAAGAGACGCGCAGAGGGUUUGUUGACAGAUGCUAUCCGGCGAGGCAUCUCCCGCAAGAUCGCUUUUGAGAAACGAACAAAACCAGAGCAUGUUUCUGACUCGACCAUCCUUGCGGACGCUGUGCCCGGCUCUUUGUCAGAUCCUUCUUGGUCAGAGUGGCAGAACAAGGCUAUGCAGGCUGAUGAACUUCUUCAGAAUAAUGAUAUUCAAUCAUGGGAGGAGCUCAUGGCUGAGGUCUUCAAGGUCCCCAUCAAGCCAGACGAGACUGCCGAUGCUGAGAAGCAAACUGCCCCGAACCCUGUGGUCAAGUUGCCAGAGUGGGAGUGGCCUUCAUCCCGUAGCGAUUAUGCUCGCGUUGAUAGGCGAUGGGUGGUUUACGCUAUCAACAAGGUGUUCGGUUGGGAAGGACAACUAGAAUCUAACACUGGGCGAUUGACGUGCCGACUUCCGGAAAGCAGCGUUCUUAUUUAUCUGGUGGAUGCAGGACACUUAUCAACGUCAAAUGUCAAGUCAGCUUUCAAGGAUGAUGUCCGGGAAGUGGAUAAGGUCGAAGAGCUCAUUGGCGAGCAACUUCCCAUCAUCUUGGCUGAAGUUGACCCUACCAUGGAGCUUCUUGUGGGCUACCUUUCUGGGACUCAGCUUGGUUCAAGUGAACUGGUCUCUUCCAUUAAGCUCCUCCUUUGCAGUCUGGGAUUGUUUGAAGAUGGCUCGAGGCUUCCAGCAGUUGGAGAUAACACACACAUUGAACAGGUUACUGGGCAAGAAAACGAGGUUGUAAACAUGGAGCUCGACCGAGCGGAGGAAGAAUUGCAAAUCACCGAACACUAUCUCGAUGAGCACCGAACGCGGGGUCUGGGCAUUGCGUUUAGCAAGCUGGCUGCUUGCCCUGCGGCGGAAACGGUCAAGAGUCUUCGGCGACUUUUCAAGCCUGAUGAGGUCCUAGUGCUUCUUAAUGUAUUGCGAGCUGAGCUUAUCAAGGACGGUUGGACUACACGUUAUCUCGACAAGAUAAAUGCGGAUCAGGAGGAUGAUGCACCUCCCGACGCUAGCAUCCAACUCAUUGCUGACCUGAUGUCGAGAUGUAUUGACGCGGUGGGCCUGAGUGGAUGGAUGGCAGCGGAUGUCAUGCUCUCCAGCUCUCGUACGCACCAAGACUCAGCCAACUUCUUCAGCCAGUUCCAGGCCGAGAUCAGUGUGGCAUUAGAGGGGGUCAUGGAGGCGGUGCGCCUCAAGGGUGUAAUUGCCGAGGCGGCCAACUAUGCAAAGAGGGCCCGGAGAGCUCUCGCCGACUCGGCCAAGGGCAAGGCGAUGACAGUACACAUGUCGGCAGAGCUGCCGCUGGGUCUCAAGACAGACAACAAGAUCUCGACGGAGAGAGUGAGGUCAGGCGGUGAGAUUGUUGCACGGAGCAGUAGACAAAUUGGGCACUUCAUCAGCAAGCGGAGGGGUAUCUACUCUAUCCAUCGCAUCUCGGAGGAGAUGCUAUUGGGUGCCGCUGGCCCGACAGUUGUACAAGAGGCUCGUUAA